UCCCCGCCCCCCCCACUCGGUUCACUCGCGUUCGAUUACGCGGGAGCACGUCUCGACUUGGACGCGCGAGCUUUUCGACGUACGUCGUCGUUGUUGUUCUUGUUCUUGUAACAAGCACAUUAAACCAACGUUUGCAUCGACAAAUUGAGCCGUAGAGAGCGAGGAAUUGCGGCGACGCCGUGGGGCAACACAAUGAGCGCUGCGGGACAAGAGCGCGAUUGUGGAUGUCGUGAUUUGUGUUCACAGAACUCUUAACAAAGCGGUGUCCAUGAUGCCGAACAACGUGGGCGAUGAGUCUGUGAUCAUAAUCAGCGAUGUUGAUGAUUUUAACCAAAGCAGCAACGACUUGUCCACACGGUCAGCUGAUGCAGACGACAGCAUCAUUGUCACCUUCAGCAAGAAGGCUGAAGUCUUGCCUCAUGCCCGCAGCGACUGCACAUCCAAUAUUUUCAGGCCUGCAGAAAAUGAACUUUCUUGUCCAUUGAGCAUGAACAGUGCAUUCUGUGAACAGUGUUACUGCUACGUUUGCGAUGGCCUGGCUUCACAGUGCAAGUAUUGGACAACACUUGGAAUAUUCCACUGCAAUGCACACAACAAGAGCAGUUUCUGGAAGAAAGCGCGGAAUGUGGCUUCUAAUGGUGGCAUCCUUGCAAUGUUCAACCUCAACCCCGAGCUGAUUGAUGCUGACAUAAAAAAUGCAGGAAAGCUCCUGGAGACGUUCCUCAUGAUCUUGAAGCCUUUGUAUUGCCAGUACUUUAUCGGUACACGAGAGCCAGGAAAUGCAUGUACCUGCACUUGCCACGAUGGCGAAGCCAGCAAUCUUCCCGUAUCACCCUGCCAAUUCUGCAAUUUGCACCACUUGACUGUCAAGGAGCAUUUUUACCAGCCUGUGUUUUCUGCAGUGGAGUCCUUCCUCAACGUCUUGGGUUCUCUCGGCCCCAGCGGGCAGCUGCUGGCCAUGCUGGGGGUCGCAAAAGAGAUCAUGCUGCACACGGAAAUGCCGAUGACUUCCUCUUGCGUGGGGUCAAGCUGGAAAAAUUUGUUAAAACCAGCUGUCGUGCACUUGAUGGAAAUGAUCCAGUUAAAGGCCCGCAUGAUACAGGUUGAGCAUAAGCUGCCACCUGCGUUACUGAAGGGGCUGAAGAUCUUCUUCUCUGGCCUGUUCUUCCCAAUCCACUGCCUUCGCUUUUUGAACAGCAUGUUUAUCAUUGGCUGGGAUGAGCCCAUGAUCUCGUCUGUGAUGAGGGGACAGAACAUUUCUGGCAUAUUCUACAUAAAAGGAAAGCGGCAACUCCUACAUGAAGACUUUGACGUGGUGGUGGCUCGCAAAAAUAAGCUGGUGCAGGAAGAAAAGUACCAGGAACUCAUUAGAUACCUCAAGGUUGUGCUUACGCACAACAUGAAUGGAUUGCAUAAGCUACAGUAUGAGAUCCCAGUGUACCUUUGCAAAAUUAACAAGAUGUUUGAUGCCUUGCGGUGGAUGGCAUCAUCCCCAAAGUGCACCAGCAAUCUUCCUCCCACUGUCAUCAAGACAAUGAUCGUUAAUGCCUCCGAACUCAUCCAUGACACAGCGGCUCCAGCAUCCCGUGAGAAGGCAUCUUUGUUUCUCAGUCUUGCACUGAGAAUAAUUUUUCUCAAUGAAGAACUCAAAAAUGACAUUCACUCCCUGGUAAUGCUGGUCAAGUUGCUGUGUACCCCUCCAACCCCAGCGGGUACUCAAUGUGCACACAUUCAAGCCCUCGGAUGUCCACCACCAGAGCUGUUUGAGAUGUCCCAUGCUAUUGAAGGCCUGAAUGAAGGAAAUACACACAUCCCCUCCAUCCCAAAUACCUUCUCAUCACUGGCUGGCUGCGUUAUCAUCGCUACACACGUUAUUGUCCAGAACUUCUCCUUGCAACUGUUGAGGCCUGACAACUUUUGGAACCUGUUGCUAGCCUAUGGGCCAAACAUGUGGGCAGUGGAGUUUCUGCUUUCCUCCAUCCGACAUUGCCUCAAGUGGACCUUUGUUGAUGAUAUGAAAAACUUCGCCUACCGUGAGGGGAUAGUCGAGAGGUUGGCUGUGCAGCACCGUCAACAAAUAUGUGCUCUGACUGACUUGUUCAGGAAGGUCGACCAUGCAGAGUUCAACCACCUUGGCAUUUACUUUUCAAGCCUACUCUUCUUCUUCAUAAUGACGAACGCUUCCACUGAACCAGAAAAGGAAAAUGUCAAAAAAUGGAUGGUGUCCACGGUGAUUCCAACGCUGGUUCGUUUAAAUACGCAAGAGAGCAUUGAGCUGCAAAAAGCAGUUUGGCAUUUUUUAAACCAACCCAGCUAAUGAACGAAUAAUGAAUGCUGCGCCAAUCAUCGCACUUCCAAACCAUGUGAACAUUUUGGUGUUUUGUUAGAUUUUUGUAUUGCAACAAAUGGUUUGGUAAACAAACGUGGUAUAGUUCCACCCAAUGACUUGUUUGGUUGUAGUUUGCAGCACGUGAUUUAUUUUUAUACUGUUGACUUUCACAUGUUUGCCAUAAUCGUUACGUAACUUUCACAGUGUUUCUGUGGUUUACAUGUUUCCCAGAUGUUAUGAUUUUUUUUCCCGAAAAUUCUUAAUUGUGACCACAAUAUUGUCAAGUUAUUGGACUUCUGCUUUUCUUAUUUGCUUUGGAGUGUAUGCAUUGCUUAGAAUUAAGGUAAAUGUGACAUAACCAGCCACCCUCUCAACCAUAUUCUGUGCUAACUGUGGUGGCUUAUCUUGCCGAGGACGUGGCAAAUAAAAUAAAUAUUGAAGCUUCUGUUGAAGCGAAGCAACAAUUCUUGAUUUUAAAAAGGAUAUAUAAUAAAGAGCGAAAAAAUAAUUAAAUAACCCUGUUUUCACUUUUCUAUUGCCAUUUAUUCUCCCGUUCAUAACAUGACAGGUUCAAGUUCAUGGGUGUUUGUCAUCGUGUUGCCAUAUCACGAAAUAACCUUUCUAGAAUUAUGUACAGUGCUUAUUAACAGAAUGGCAAGUGUUAUUUAAGGUUGCAAUGAUUAUGUAUGUUGAACGUUUGCACUACGUAGCCAACCGUGCUAAUCGGAGGUUCGAUUAGUGGACACCAGAAACGUUUUACACAUGGCACACCACGGGAAUGGGAGUACAGACAAGGAAAAAUAUAUAAAAAUGUCAUGCUCGUGUUCAAUGGACUGCAUUUGAAUAACUUAAGUAAUCAUCCAUAUUGCAAAUACUGAAGCAUAAAAAAUAACAUUGCAAAUUAGAAAUAUUUAGAAAAAAUUUCGGAAACAUUGCAAUCAUUGUUCAAUUUAUAACAAUUUUAUCGUGACAAUUGCGUGGGAACCCGUCAUGGAUACUUGCCUACGAUUUGGGCAUACAUAAUACGACC